AUGCGAAAAACCCUUCCCAAAUCCAGGUCACUUUACUACCAUUUCAAAUCAGUGUUGGUCUUUCAAGAUGCCUUCCAUGUUCAUUGCUGUCAAAAAAUCAAGCCGGAACACCAGCUCAGGGCAAUCAGGGUGAGAGCAGUACGGGUAUACGAAGUGCCUGAGAAAAGGGGAGAGGGCCAGGCCAGUAAGAGCAUGGAAGUAUUGUUCCAUGAUGAAGGGGGAGACUACAUUCAUGCCAGCAUUAGGAAAAAAGACAUUGUAAAAUAUAGAAAAAUAUUACAAGAAGGGAAAGUUUUUGAAAUCAAAAACUUCAUGGCUUCUACAAAUUACUAUGUCUACAAGAUUACAGAACAUGACUUCCUGAUCAAAUUCAACUAUAGAACACAAGUGAAGGAGAUACAUUCUAAUGGGUUUCCUUUCAAAAUGUUUCGGUUAAAGAGUUUCAUUGCUUUGAAAGAUCCUGCAGAUGUUAAUGACAAGGAACUGAUUGAUGUGAUUGGAAGGGUCAGUGUGAUCUAUAAUCCUGUGGACAAGAUUAUAGGUGGAAAGGCAACCAAACUCAUUGACUUUCAAAUUGAAGACAAUGCUGACAACACCCUGACAUGUACACUUUGGAAUGGACAUGUAUAUUCCCUUAUGCCUUAUUACAAUAGUGAUUCGAAAGAACCACUGAUUGUAGUCAUUCAGUGCUGUCGGGCUAAAGUUAUUAGUGGUGAGUCAAGUAAAAGCAUUAGUGAGUUUAAAAAUGCUUCUGUUAUUGUCACUAACUGCCAUGAUCUUAAGAAGGUUAAAGAGGAUGGGGAAUACUAUGUAGCUGCUGAGAUUUUGGGGUUAGAGUUUGAGGAUGGUUGGUACUAUUUAUCAUGCCUGGCACCGGGAUGUAAUAAGAAACUAAAAGAACAGGAAGGAUCACUGAUUUGUACUAAGUGUCACAAGCCUUGUAUGAUGGGUAUAGUUAGAUAUAAAGUUGUUGUAAUUGCUCUUGACAAAAGUGGAGAUGCUCCACUAUUGCUUUGGGAUAGAGAAGUGGCAAAACUUGUGGGUAUUCCUGCUUCGAUUUUGUAUGCAAAAUACAAGGAGGUUGAUGUUGAAGUGCCACCUGAGUUGGAUGCUAUAGUUGAAAUGAAGAUGCUAUUUAAGAUCAAUUUUAAGCUGGCUCUAAAGAGGGGUCCCAAUUACCCAUUCAAUGUUGUGAGGGUGGUCAGGGAAGAACACUUGCUGAAAACUUAUAUUGACAUGUUUGUGGAGCAUCAAGACCAAGACUUAAUGUCUACGAUGAUUAAGGAGGAAACUAACACUGAUGCAAAUUCUGAAAAAGACUCUAGUGGAGUGGAGGUUAAUAGUCCUGCAUCUGUCCACUCCUCACAAAAGGAAGGAGAUGACAGUGCUGACAACUCUGGAGCUAUUAAAAGGUCACUUUUGGAUGAGUGUUCAUCAUCAAAAAGUAUGAAGAAGUUGAAGGAAUCAGAGAUCAGAAAGGAAAAAAUGUAG